AUGGAUAGUAGUAUCGAUUUCAAUAGUAUAUAUCCUAAAUGCAAAAAUGAGUAUGAAGAAGCAAAGAAUAUUUAUCGUAAUGGUACCCCAGAAAAUACCAGUUUGGGGUUUGCGUGCAGGGACAUUUGUCAAGAAUUAACCGGAAAUAGAGGUAUGUGUGGUUUUUAUAUAGACUGCUUAUAUACUGGUAGUUAUUUAUUUCAUAUAAAAAAUAAUGCAAAUAUUAAAAAAGAAGAAAGUUGUUCGUAUUACAAUUAUAAGCUAAAUAAAAUUUUUAAAAAUUUUAGUACAACGUGCACCAAUAAUGAACAAAAUUGCUACAAUAAAAUAACAAGCAAUAGAACGAAUGUAAGAAUUAAUAUACCUGAUAUAUGCAAAGAUCAUAUAAAAAAACUUGAACAGGGGACAUAUGAAAUAUUUAAUUUCAUGGAUGAGUUAUAUAUGUAUUUAUAUAAAAUACCAAGUGGUUAUUACAUAUGUCAUUAUAGGGAACCCUGUGUUAAGAUAUAUAAUAAUCUUUUAAAUAAAAGAAAGAUAUUACAAACUCAAAAUGACAGUAUUUACAAUUUGCUCGAUAGUUUUAGCAAAUUAUAUAAUAACUAUAAAAAUCACGGUUAUUACUGCAGACGAGCUCAAAAUAUAUUAGAUUCCCCUUAUGAAAGGGAUAGAAUGUUGCUUCAAGAGGAUGAGUCAAGGAAAAAAAUACAAGAGAGAAAUGAGAAAACAGAAAAAGCUCAGGACAUAGACCAGGUCCAAGAGAUGACAUCAUCUACGGUCCAACAGGUGACAUCAGAACUUGUCACACAGGUUGACACAGGAACACUGACAGGAAUAACAUUUUUAAUAAUUACAGUUGCUACAAUUAUAUUUUUUAUUUAUAAGUUUACUGUAUUUGGUUCAUUACUACAUCCUAGAGUAAAAAAACUAAAAAAAAGGUAUAAACCAAAAAGUACAGAUCAUUUCAACCUAAUAGAUUCAUUAAAAAUAUCACAGGACUUAUCAAAUCAUAAGUGUCAAAUAAAAUAUGCCUCGGAAAGUUAA